GAAGAUGUUGCUCUGGUUGUUAAAAUGGACAGUUUGCGUUCUCGGGCUCCUCACGACGAGCAACGCCUCACCUGACGACGCAUCGGUCGACUUCGGGGGAGAAUCCGGUUCCGGGAUGCUGCAAACAGAUGAAGUGAACAUCCUGCAGGAGCUUUCUUUUCAUAUCACAAACAGCAGUAAUGCCUCCAUGACUGUGGGUGAGAGCAAGUGUCCAGUCCUGCAGGUGGGACAGUACUCCACCUUGGCCCUCCCUCUGAGACAGAUCUUCAUCGAUGGGUUUGAAGAUGAGUUCAGUUUGCUGGUACAGUUGCAAAGUCCUCAGAGGGAAGAACGAAGUGUCUUCACUAUGCUCAGCCCCGACAAUCAUGUCAUGCUGCAGCUGCGGAUCAGUGCUCAUGCCAUCAUCUUCAUAGGAACGCAGCAGAGACACUAUGAGUUCCCGGUUAGUGGUUUGUCUGAUGGAAAGUGGCACCAUGUGGCCAUCAGUGUGGCUGCCAAGCGGCUCGCACUCUAUGUGGACUGCUCUCUGCUGGAGAGAGUGGACUGGGUUUACCACGGCAUGGGGAUCAGCACCGACGGCCUGCUCAUGGUUGGAGGAAUUAUCGAGAGCUUUGAAACUCCGUUUGAAGGUCAUCUUCGACAGCUGGCCUUCCUGAUGGGAGAUCCAGAUGCUGCCCAGCAGCACUGUAGCCACCACCCACCCCUCUGCAGUGUCACUGCCUCCAAGCCUCCCCGCUUACCACGCACCAACAACCCGCUGCAGAAUAUACUGUUGUCCUCAAAUGACCUGGAGAACCUGCUGGGGGAUCCAAAGGACAAGUCUUUUUUGAGCUUUGACCGAACUCUGAGCUCAAGUGCAGACAGACCCGCAGUGUCUCCUGCAGUCAUGCCCUACCAUGUUGGCUGGUACUUGCUCCUGGGAUGCCUAUUGCUGGAUUUAUUGGGGUUGCAUGUACAAGGUCAAAGACGACAGGAUGGAAAGAAUGCGUUCCUGCGACGUGAAAGUUCACGAGGCGACGGGACGGUCCCUUCUAGACCCAGUCAGAAAGGUUCAGUAGGUCGUGGGGGUGUCCUUUUGGUGGAUGAGGACACUGACUUGUUGGAUACGAUCUUCCAAAAUGGCAGACAAGUGAACCCACGGUUAAAACCUUCCAGAAAUGGACCUAAGGGAAGCCAGAAAGGGAAACCUGAACUAGCAUCUAAAAAUAUGGAGGAAAACAUUACCACAGAGAAGAAGAAAGAUUCUAAUGGGAGGACUUCAUCACUGUUUCCUGGAAAGCCUUCAGAUGAUAUAAUAGACCUGGACAUUGGAGGUUCUCCUAAGAAGCCCGCGCUAGGUUUUCCUGCAACUCCUAAGAUUCCUUCAGAUCCCAGAUCUGCCACAGAUUCUAGCAAAGAGACCACGACUAUUUCACCUUUACCUGAUGUCAAGGGGAGCUCCCACACCACGCAGAGUUCCAUACAGUUUGAUCGUAGACGUGAGCACAAAGGCAGACUACCAGAAAAAGGCCGCCCUGCAACUGUAGCCAUUGUGUCUAGAGAUGGAAACCUGGUUUUGGGCUCAGAUGGCAAAAUGUACCGGCUUCAGAGAGGCCCACCUGGCCGAAUGGGUCCACCUGGGCUGGAAGGUUGUCCUGGUGAGCCUGGCCUCCCUGGGUUUAAAGGUGAUAAGGGUAAGACAGGCCCUGAAGGAAGACAAGGAAAAAAGGGGGAGAGGGGACCUGCUGGACCGCCAGGUUUACCAACCCUCUACCUGUGGAGGAACACUGCUGAGGAAUGGGCUGCAUUCCAGCAAACCAGUUUCUACCAGUUGCUUGCUGCAGGUUGGCCUAGUAGAGAAGGCCCCACAGGACCACCUGGAGAAAUGGGCAGGCCUGGCAGACAGGGGCCACCUGGUGAACCUGGGGAGCGAGGAAGACCAGGGAUGCCAGGAGAGAUGGGGGAUCGUGGUCCUCGUGGCCCUCCAGGACGAUCUGGGACUGCAGGGCGAGAUGGGGACAAUGGGGAAGAUGGUCAGCCGGGGUCACCUGGUGUUCCUGGAUCACAGGGCCCGUGGGGAUACAGGGGGGAGCGAGGACCUAAAGGGGAAAAAGGUGAUGAGGGUCUUACUGGCCCAAGAGGUCCAAGAGGUGAAAUUGGUGAACCUGGCGAGAAGGGCGGAGCUGGUUUACCUGGUCCACAAGGCCCUGUUGGACCCCGCGGGCCUCAGGGGAUCCGAGGUGGCGCUGGGCCAGAGGGACCCCCUGGGCCUGAUGGGGAGAGUGGACUGGAUGGCCUCCCAGGUCUGCCAGGGCCACCGGGUGCACCAGGUGCCACAGGACGAGUUGGUGCACAAGGAGUUAAUGGCUCAAGGGGGGACAUUGGACCUGCUGGCAGUGUUGGCCUUAAAGGCCCACAGGGGCCUCCAGGUCUCGAGGGACAGAUUGGACCUCCGGGACUCCGAGGACCGCAAGGGCAUCUAGGAUUGACGGGUUCUCCUGGCCCCAAAGGAGAUCCUGGGCCUGUGGGGCCAGUGGGGGCCCGGGGGGAUCCCGGCUCAGAGGGACCUAUGGGUGCACCAGGGAGAAAGGGUGAUGUGGGUUUUCCUGGAAGAACGGGUAACAGAGGACCAGACGGGGAAAAGGGUGAUCCAGGAGCUAAAGGCGACAGAGGUAUUCAGGGGGCAACAGGCAUUAGCGGUCCUCAGGGCGAGAGGGGCCUCGUUGGAUUCCCUGGUUUCCCAGGAGCCAAAGGCCAGCCCGGCCCUAAAGGCACUGAGGGCAUCGAUGGCGAAACUGGCCUCCAGGGAAAACAGGGCAGCCGUGGGUUAAAGGGAAACAGAGGACCAGAUGGACGUGAUGGCAAACCAGGACCCAGGGGGAACAAGGGUUUGACCGGACAAAGAGGUCAUCCUGGCCAACCAGGCCCACCGGGUUUGCCGGGGCCACCUGGAACAGAGGGAGCAGAAGGAAAGCCUGGUACACAGGGUCCCUCAGGUGCAGCUGGUGUUGCUGGUACUAAAGGACCGAUGGGGUUUCAAGGAAUUCCUGGAGUGAGAGGAACAGAUGGUGCACCAGGUUCUGCGGGGCCAACGGGGAAGACGGGGCCUCCAGGCUCACCAGGACCCCCAGGAGAAAGGGGCGUCACAGGGAAGCCAGGGUUGGAGGGACCUCAGGGCCCUGUAGGCAUGUAUGGUAUCCCAGGAACUGUGGGAAUGCGUGGGCCAACAGGUUUCACAGGACCGAGGGGGGAGCCAGGUUUACGAGGAUUACCCGGUCCUGUUGGGAAGCCUGGACCUCCAGGUUUGCAAGGUCCUCCUGGAGAGAAGGGACCCCGAGGACCACAGGGUCGUCCAGGAGAUGACGGCUUCAAAGGGAUACAGGGUCCACAAGGUCCUCCAGGUCUACCAGGUCCUGAUGGGGCAAUUGGAAAACCCGGACCAAUGGGAAGCAAAGGGCCUCCAGGACUUCAGGGACCACAGGGGCAGGCAGGAAUCCCAGGUCCGCAGGGUGCUGAUGGAUUAUCAGGGGAACUGGGGGAAAGAGGACCUAAGGGUUUACCUGGAUUACCUGGAGAAGCAGGCCCCAUGGGACGGCAAGGACAGCAGGGUCCUCCUGGCCACACAGGAAUCGAGGGCCCACUUGGAAGGAAAGGAGACCAGGGGGAUUUAGGACCUUGUGGGAAACCUGGUUCUAAAGGGCCACCAGGAGAAAGGGGACCUCAGGGGGAAAAAGGCCUACAAGGACCAUCUGGACCAGUCGGUAAAGAGGGGGAUGUUGGACUUCCCGGUGAAGUUGGAGAUCCUGGACCCAAGGGGGAGAAGGGUGAGCUGGGACCUCUUGGUUUGUCUGGUCGAGAGGGUCCCUGGGGACCCCUCGGAGAAAAUGGUGACAGGGGUCCAAAGGGGGAGAAGGGCCACUUGGGACUGAUGGGUGAACCAGGACUGAUGGGUGAACUAGGCCCUGUGGGCCUGCCUGGGUUACUGGGAAUGAUAGGUCCUCCAGGACGUCCAGGUCCCGAUGGACCUCAGGGAGAGAAGGGGAUAAUGGGGUCACGUGGUGUCAGAGGAGAUCCUGGGAGGCUCGGACCACCUGGUCCAGUAGGACAUGCAGGACCAAAGGGACACGAGGGAAGUAAAGGAGAACCUGGGGAACUGGGACUCAAGGGAGAGCCAGGACCUCCAGGCCCACCAGGGGAGUCGGGCGAUGAUGGUCUUCCAGGAAUUCAGGGUCCUGAGGCUCUGCCGGGGUUAGAGUCAGGACUCAUUGGCAUCCCCGGCUUACGUGGAGAGUCAGGUGAUCAAGGUCAAAGGGGUGAAAAGGGUGACAAAGGAGACAUGGGACUGCCUGGACUACCUGGAGUUGAUGGCGUGAAGGGUAUCCGUGGUCCUGUUGGAUUGCCUGGUCCAGAGGGUCCAAAAGGGGAACAGGGAAACAUUGGUCUGCCAGGGCCCAGGGGCAUGUCAGGGAUGCCUGGAUUGCCUGGUUUGUUUGGAUUAAAGGGAUUGAAAGGCUACCAAGGUCUGCCUGGUCCACCUGGCAAGAAGGGGCUGCCGGGUCCACCUGGCAUUCCCGGACUUCCCGGAAAGUCACUGAACAUGACCUUGUCUCAGCUCAAGGACCUCAUGUACAUGUCAGAUAAGCCCAACUACCUUCUGAUCCAGACGUUGCUGGAUACUCUUCAGGAGGAGCUUCGGCUGCUUUUGGAUCCUCCUGAUGGCAGCAAAGAGCAUCCAGCUACUACCUGUCUGGAGCUCUGGCUCUGUCACCCUGAAUACAGCAGUGGAAUGUAUUACAUUGACCCCAACCAGGGCAGUCCUGCCGAUGCCCUGUUGGCUUACUGCAGCUUCUCUUCCACAUCAAAACAGACCUGCCUUCAUCCUCAAGACUCUCAGCUGCCAAUGAAAGCUUGGAUGGAAGACUUUUCCGAGGAAGGGUCUUUUCAGUGGCUCAGCAAGCUGGAUCAGGGAUUUCAGUUUUAUUAUCAAGGUGCUAAUGUGGUCCAGAUGCGCUUUCUGAGAUUGCACAGUGGCACAGCUGUACAGAAGGUUACCUACUCCUGCCAUCCAGGACACAGACUGGGCCCGGCCUACCGAGAUGUCAAAUUCCUCACUGACUCAAGGACACAAAGUUACCUCGGAGCAGUUCAAGAUUGUGUGCCUGGAGAGGAGAUGGAGUCUGGUCCUCGGGAGUCUGUGCUGGAGUUUGAGGACCUCCAUCUCCUUCCUCUGAGAGACGUGGCACUGAUGGGAGGAGGAAACGCGACAUACCAGUUUGGCCUCACUGUUGGACCUGUAUGUUUCAGCUAGAGGUGGGAGAAAACUGUACCAUCCCGGAAGACUCUCAGGUCCAGGACACAAACUCUCUUUAAAUCAUGGACAAGUGGAACCUUCCAGUCUGUGAAGUUUUUGCUUCUUUAUCCUCUAGUGUUGGAGGAUUUUAUCCCUCAAGUUCAGUGACUUUGUAUGACUGAAUCUUUGAGGCCAAUAGUGUCCCCAGGCUUUUUUUUCACGGAGAAGGCAAUUUCGUUUACAGAGACAUUAAAUAAUUUAAGUGUAUGUUUUUUUGUUUUUUUUUUACAAGCAUCCUUUAUACAGUGUUUUGUUUUUUGUUAUGCAGUCAUGCAGGGAUAGUGUUACAGCUUGCUCACUGUAUAUAUAAAACGUCAGACUGUCCUAACUGAUGUCUAUAACAUUGUGUUCUUUACAGGGACACGGCUUCUGGUGUCCCAUAGGCCUGUAAAGCUCUCACUGUAAAUCCACUAUUCUAGUACUGUAAGACAACCUAGGUGUCAUUUUUCUCAAGGUGCUAAUUUUAUUCAAAAGACCACCAUUUAUUUAAUACAAAAACCAAUAGAAAGGGACAGUUAUGUUACUUGAUUUUACCUGUCUGUUGUCAACAAGACCAACUGUCUUCAUCUCUUGAAAUACAAAUUAUUGUUUAUUGUUUUCAAUGUUUAAUGUUGCUAUGUUUUUUUUUUUGUUUUCUUUCUUUAAAUUUGUCUCAGGUAUGACUACACAUGUUGGCACUGAAUCCGAUGUUGCCACUCUGUUGUCCAGUUUUGUAGUUUGGCCUUUAAACCAAACCUAGAAAAUCUUGAUUUCAAACAUUGGAUAAAUACACAUAAUCCAACAGUGAUUUGCUAAUGGUAAAUGAAAACACAAUAUGUGAUUGUCCAUCCCUCAUCUUGUAGCUAGAGAUACUCACCAGAGAACUAAAUGUGAUGCAGCACGAGAAAAGACCAAGUAUCAUGGCUGUGCACAGAAACAGCCAAGGAACAACCAGACUUUCUAAUAUUUUCCAUGUUUAUGAUCACUGCCUGCAAAUAUCUCUCAAAACAAUAUCUGUGAAAUGCAUUUUAUUCAAGAGUUUAAUAUGCAUAACUUUGCAUAUAAGCAACACACAGUUUUGGCCCACAUGCUCAUCCAGCAAAGCUCUCGGCUGCAAGGGGAAAAUCCUCACUCAGCACAGCCAUAUGGGGUGAGCUGGCCACCCAGCCAGUGAAAUGUCAUCUCAGUUGUGGGCAAAAGACCUGCAACUGACAAAUAAAGGCUAUCUCAUCUCAUCUCAAAUGUGGCCCUUUAGCAAUGCUGGUGGCUUUUCUGACUUGUGGCAGUAACGCUGUGUGGCUUGUGAUCCAUUGGCAGUCGCUACAAGUGACUGUUAAUCUAUUUGCAUCAUUACUGAAGUAGAAUAAUUUACAGAACGGAUACAAUUUCUAAUAGAAAAUAAAGAUAGAUAAAUGUUUUUGGAUGCUAAUAUAGAAGUUUUUAAAUUUUAGGAAACCAAAACCUUAAAAAUCUUGGACAAGUGUGUAUUUCUCCACAGCUGAAAAUAGCUGGAAAAAAAGUAAUCAUUAACUCCAGAUUCAUUUGUGGUUGUACAUAGUAUCAUGGUGGCGUAAAAACUGUAGCGCCCGUAUGUCUCAGGUAAUUCCUCAAAGUUUUUUUUCUAACAGAAUUCCACUUCAGUUUAGAGAAAAGCAUGACUGGUGUAAUGACAGUUCUUCUUUUGGCUGCUUAGGUGUCACCCCAGUGGAUCAUCUUCCUCCAUCUCUAGCCCUCCUGUCACAGCAACCCUCUGCAUGUCCUCCUCCACUAUAUCCAUGAACCUCCACUGAGGUCAACUUCUUUUCCUCCUGCCUUCAGGAGCAUCUUCAACAUCCUUUGUCCUGUGGCCCUCCUUUUCACAUGUCCAAAUCAUCUCAACCUCACCUCUCUAACUUUGUCUCCAAACCGCUCAACCUGAGCUAUCUUUCUGAUGUACUCAUUUCUAAUCACGUCCA